AUGGCGUCCGCCUCGUUUCGGGACUCGAUGAACUCGCUGGGCUGGAGCAGAAGAGACCCAGACGUCCCCGUGAACACUUCGUCGCCCACCAUCUUGGGCAGGCUUCAGAACCUGAACCCGUUCGGAUCCGGGGGCUAUGUUAGGCUCCCGACCUCUGAGAAUCCCGGGGCUCCUCUCCCGGCGCCGACGCGAAGGGAGGAAGAAGAAGGGUGGUUUGCGCUGAGCCGAUGGGACCGCAUGCUCGUCUUCGGUGGACUCAUGCUUGCAGCCUUGGCAAUGUUUGCUACCUGCUUUGCCCUCAUGUUUACGCCCGUCUUCCUCGUCAAGCCUAGGAAGUUCGCCAUACUGCAAGUUGAACCAGUUUUCCUUUGCCUCCGAGUCAAUCAGAUCGAUGCCCUUGGGGGUGUGCCACUCAUGACCUCUCUAGCCACUGGACGAUCGGCGUUAGACCCUUUUCGUCGAUCGUCAUGCGGAUGGACUAUGGGCAGCGUUCUGUUCUUGGCGGCUUGGCCUGUCAUGAUGGGUCUGCGAGCUUGGGUGACCCAUCUCGCCUCGGGCGCUCGUCUGCCCUUUACGGCUGCUUACUUUGGCGCCAUUGCAUUGACGCUGUAUGCCUCGCUCGGACUUCACAGCACCGUUCUCACCUUCAUCGCGUCCAUCUUGCAAAUAGUCGCCCUCAUCUGGUACCUGGUGUCCUAUUUCCCCCUGGGCUCCACCGGCCUGCGGUUUGCUGCGCGAUUUGGAGGCAACCGGGUCGCAGCCUGGAUGAACGACUGA